AUUCCAAAUAUCGACCAUGGCUACUUGGAAGCCCUUAUCCGUGGAUUCAAAACAGGACUUCUUUCACAAAGUGACUACGCAAACCUCGUCCAAUGUGAAACUCUAGAAGACCUGAAGUUACAUAUACAGUCUACUGAUUACGGCAACUUCCUUGCAAAUGAACCUGGAUCGAUCACUGUGCAAGUGAUUGACGAACGACUGAAGGAGAAACUUGUUACCGAGUUCACUCACUUGAGAAACAACGCUCUCGAGCCUCUUGCAACGUUCUUGGAUUAUAUCACAUACUCGUACAUGAUUGAUAACAUUAUUCUUCUCAUCACUGGUACCCUUCAUCAACGUCCUAUUUCCGAGCUCAUCAGCAAGUGUCACCCUCUUGGGUCUUUCGAACAGAUGGAAGCCAUUCAUAUAGCUUCAACUCCUGCUGAACUGUACAACGCCGUCCUUGUCGACACUCCUCUUGCUAACUACUUUGUUGACUGCAUUAACGAGCAAGAUCUGGACGAGAUGAACGUGGAACUGAUCAGAAAUACUUUAUACAAAGCAUAUAUCGAGGACUUUUAUAAAUUCUGCAAACAAUUGGGAGGUACUACUGCUGAAGUUAUGUGUGAAAUUCUUGCUUUUGAAGCGGAUCGCAGAUCCAUUAUUAUCACGAUCAACUCCUUUGACACAGAAUUGAGCAAAGAUGAUCGUGAGAAACUAUACCCCAGAUGCGGCAAAUUGUACCCAGAAGGGCUUUCUGGUCUUGCUCGAGCCGAUGACUAUGAUCAGGUGAAGCAAGUAUGCGAAUAUUAUGCCGACUAUAAGCCUUUAUUCGAAGGCACUGGUAAUUCCUCUGGUGAGAAAACUCUUGAGGACAAAUUCUUCGAACAUGAGGUUGGUGUGAACCUUUUCAGCUCGAACUUAUUUCAAACUAGGAGUGGCAAAUUUAUGAUUGAUUGA